AUGGUAUGGCGGGUGUGGACAGUUGUGCUGGCAUGCGUGGUGCACGUCUAUGCCUCUGUAUGGGAUGCAGAGGCCUUUGGUCGUGGACGUCUGCCACGCGAUGAUGAUCGGAUCCGUGCGCUGGAAUGGGGUCAAUUGCAAGUGCUGCAUACGACCGAUAUUCAUGGAUGGUACCAGGGCCACCAAAAACUAUCGCCGCCCGAGCCAAACUACAGUGGUGAUUGGGGUGACUGGAUCUCGUUUGCGCACCAUAUGCGUCGCCAAGCGAGGAAGCGUGGUGUGGAUUUGCUGUUGGUCGAUACAGGCGAUUUACACGACGGCAAUGGCUUAUCAGAUGCCUUUCCGGCCAGCUCGCCAAGUGACCCGGCGUUCAAGUACGCUGUGAAUGGUCAUGUCAGUAAUGAAAUCUUUGCGAUGGCCGACUAUGAUCUGCUGACGAUCGGCAAUCAUGAACUGUAUAAUUUCAGUGUCGCGCAGGAUGUGUAUGAAAACUUUGCUCCGCAUUGGGGCGAUCGCUACCUUACUUCGAAUGUCAACAUUACACUGCCCGACGACGAUGGUACGCUACGUUCGCGUCCAAUUGGCCAGCGAUACACGCGUUUCCGUACGCCGAUGCAGCGCCUGCAAAUCCAAGCGUAUGGUGUGCUCUUCCAUUUCCAGCUGGGGGCAGCAGGGAUCACGGUGCAGGACCCCGUGGAGAUGGUCCGUGAGCCAUGGUUCCAGGCCUCGUUGCGGGAGCCCAGUCAUGUCGACGCGUUUGUCAUUGCAGGGCACAUGCCGGUGACUGGGCAUGAUGGAUGGGACGCAGUGCAUGCGGCGAUCCGCGAAGUGUGGCCAACGACGCCGAUUCUCAUGCUGGCAGGCCACACGCACGUACGUGACUGUCGUAUGAUGGACGAGUACUCGAUGGUGCUGGAGAGUGGGCGGUACAUGGAAACGAUUGGAUGGAUGAGUGUCUCGAAUGUAUCAGCAACACCUCCCACAUGGUCGCGACGCUACAUUGAUGCGAAUCCACGCAACUACGCUGUGCAUGCGCAGGUCGGUCAUGCCGGCCGGCUAUCGACCCAGCGUGGACGCUUUGCGCGUGCGGCGAUGGAUGCUGUGGCUGCUGCCUGGAACUUGACGCAGCUCUAUGGCCUAGUCCCCCGCGACUAUUUCCUGGACCGUGUGCCGUAUGGCGACAAAGAAGCGCUGCUGACCCUGCUGGGCGAGCAGGUGCUACCGAUGGUCGUUCGUCCUGCGAACCCACGUCAUAAGCAUACCCCGACGUUGGUCCUCAUCAAUAGUGGCAGUCAGCGCUUUGAUGUGCUGGCUGGCCCCUUUACGAAGAACGAUCACCCCUUCCGCGACGACUUUUUGUUUAUCAAGAAUGUGCCAUGGCGCGCCGCCAAGCAGCUGGUCGGUGGUCUGAAUCAGCGAGGAGCGGAGCACAACGAACAGCCAGGCGCGAUGCAUCCAGCGCAAGGCGCUGUAGACUCCAUCUUUCAUCGGUACAUUGGCCGCCAAUUCACGACGUACUGGACGCGGAUCCUCGGCGCGGCGAGUGAGACGAGCACAUCGCCACCGCCUGUAGCCAGUGGACGCCCGGAAGCGGCGCGACGCCUGGAAGAUAUGCUCAGCGAGAUUGCAGCGCACCCUGAGCUGGCUGAUACGCUGCCGUACCUGCAGCACGAUCCAGCGCGGGGGCGUGUGCCGAGUCUUGGGUACGUCACGGUGGAUUCGUGCCCUGGCAUAGGCGACGAUACCGAGCACACGCCUGUGCCGUACAGUGCGGCGCAGCCAGACUACAUUGCGUCGGAGCCGGCGCCUCUGCCAAGCGACGAGGAGACCUUGGUCGAUGUCGUCUUUGUCGACUUUAUUCUGAAGCCAGUGGUGCACUUGCUGUCGAUGUGGGAUCCCUCGCGAACGUAUACCGUGGACGAGGCACAGCGGUGGGGCGAUGUAUCGACGCAAUGGCUGUACCCGGACUACGCAGACGUCGCAUGGCACCCUGCAUCGUGGGACGAGGCGUGGGCCGCGAUGGACGAGGCAGCGACGCGCGAUGGCUAUCCGCCUCUGGCCCAGUUUGACGCGUACGAAGGCGAUCCAUAUGCGCCCGUCGUCGCCGCCCGACAUGCAGCGUCACUGGUGUUCCAAGGCACGCCAUAG